AUGGUGGUGCUGGCGAGAAGCUCAGCAGCGUCCGGAUCCGCGACGCUGCUGCUCCUGGCGCUUCUCGCCUGCGCCGCUGCCGCCGCCGCCCGGGGCAGCUCGGCCUGCGACACGGCCAUCUGCGGCAAGGGCAAGUGCACCGAGGGGCCGGGCUGGAUCCCCACCUUCGACUACGAGUGCAACUGCGACCCCGGCUGGUCCCGUGCUUCCGAGCUCGUCCCCUUCUCGCCCUGCAUCGUCCCCAACUGUUCCAUCAAUAGCGCGUGCUUCAACUUCAGCCUGCCCAAAAGGAUACCCACUGACAUCUGCGACGCCGUGAGCUGCGGCGCGGGAGGCGCGUGCGAGAAGGGCGACGGCUUCUUCGUCUACAGCUGCGAGUGCCAGCCGGGCUACGUCAACCUGCUCAACCUCACCGCGUUCCCCUGCGCCAAGAACUGUACCUUCGGCAAGGGCUGCUCCGCCCUGGGACUCGCCCCGCCGGAGAACCCCAAGCCGGUGUCGCCGCCGUCGCCGGCGCCGCCUGCUGAUCACGACUCAUCGGGGCCAUCUGCUCCUUCCUCCAGCACAAAAGGCAAUGCGACUACCUCACUAGGUUCAACUCCUCAUUCGCAUCACGCGUUCGUGCACUGCAUCGAGACAUGGAGUCGCUUACUAAUCUUACACACGAUUCUUGAAACCCCUCGUCUCAUCUCUGCAUAAUGAUCUUUGCUGUGACGUUCUUUGCAGGCUCUGUUUCGUCGCAGAGUCUACUGCAGCUCUUGUUGCUGGUCUCGGUGGCCAUGGUUCAGGCCGUGUAAUCACAGUGAUCUUUGCUGCGAUGCAGGGAGCCGUGGAUCGAUGGGAGGCUUUAUUGGUAUGACAAAGCUGCUAUAGUUUACAGUUGGGCUUUAAUUUAUUUCGAACACAUGAAUUUCAGACGAACCAGCUUAUAUACCGUAGGUGAACCAGUGUACUGUACAACGAAAUCCUAUGAAUUUCGUGCAUUCCAAACGGCUUGUUAAUAUGCUGGGAACAUGAAAAGAACUAUACAUCUACAGUUGUUAGUUGUGAUCUCGGCUAAACUCUAACUGACGUGCUUUGAUCAAUGGUCUAACUGAAUUCUGUUAGUUGCGGUCCUGUCCACCAA